CGAUGCGUGAUACAAUGUAGCAGACUGCUAAUUAUAUGGAUACAUAAUGUCACGGACACGUUCUUUUUUACAGCACAGUGGUCGUUUGCACGUUUGAACUGUAUUGCUGGAAUCGUGGCUAUGUUUAGGUUAAUGCCAUGAUACCAAGUGUUGCGGUUUGCUAACGGUUUAGAUAGCCCUGUCUGGUAUGUUUAGCAGCCUAUCUAACAUCCACUUGCUUCACCACUAAACCACGGAUGCAGCAACUUCGAGGAGCUUAUUCUUCACUAGCUUUUCUAUCAAUUAUCUUACACAAAAUCCCGUUGAAGCUGCUUCCAAGUGGAAUGCUCCAGUUGUUACUUUUCGACGAAUUGUUUCUGUGGGACGUGUUUGGAAUGUUUGUCAUGCAUAAGCCGAUAUUACUGGCUCAGUGCAACACAUUUAGCCUACCUGUUGCUUUUACAUAAAUAAUAAAUCGCUUUUCAUGACUUUUCAUUCACGCCAUGCCAAUUCAUGGCACGUUUCCCACACUCCCACGUUACCCGUGCAUUAGACUAAGGCUGUAUGAAAAUCUGAUAUUUUGAUUGCUGGCUGGCUUUGCCUCACAAUGGACUGACCACGGAAGCAGGUUUUUUUUGGCCAUUCCUCAGUUGAAGCCCAGCGGUGCCCAGGAUGGAGUGGCAGCGUGACCUGCCGUAUGACCACAGCGUGGUGGACCUGCUGGUGCCCGCUGUGCCCACAGAGGCCGACAUCCAGCAGCUGCUGAGGGACACGGAGGAGAAGCUGAAGCUCAAUGCCUGCAGUGUGGAGCAGAGUUUGAAGGAGCUGCAGAGCAAGAUGGGGGAUCAGUGGGGCGGUGAGAGGCCCUCCAGCCCCAGUGACAUCCUGCAGUGGUUCAACCCGCGCAACCCCAACGGAAUCAAGCCCACCGCCACCGCGCAACCAGAGCUGCUGGACUUCUACAGGGCACUGCAGCAGUACCUGAGGUCGGAGGAGAGCCGUGCGGAGGAGGUGGUGCUCCAGCUCCUGGUCAACAUCUCCUGCCAGUGCGGCGUCUCCUUCCCCAGCCCCAGCCCCCUCACCUCCCAGCUCUGCACCCCGGUGCUGCCCACCGUCUUCUGCACCGUGCGCGACGACCCUGGCCAGGAGCUGCAGGACGCCUGGGAGGACCUCCGGCUCCAGCUGCAGCGCCACCUGCUGGAGAGGCUGGAUGAGGCGCAUGCUGGAGGGGUGGCGAUGGGGGAAAGUGGAGUGGUGGAGAGCCAGGGCGACGGAGAGGAAGAGGGGGAGGAUGUGGAGGCGUCACGCGUGCCCAAGCGCGCCCUCCUCCUUCAGCAGCUACUGUUCCUGUACCCAGAGGCGGAGGUGCUGGCACGCUACCAGCGGCUGCGGACCAGAGCUGUGCAGUCCCUCAUCCAGGCCACCCAGGCGUCCGGCCCGGCUGCAGGGGAGCGGGGUUUCCAGCGUCUGGCCACGGGCAUGGAGGCGGCCGUCGUGCCCCUAUGCUCCAUGAUCAGCGAGGACCUCCACGUGCUGAACUGCGUGGGCGUGGAGCCCGGCGCCACCCUGGGCUUCCUCAACCAGGCCUACCUGGGCACGCUGAGCCUGGAGCUGGGCACGCUGAUGGAGCGGGAGGUGGAGGGCGCCCAGAAGGACAACACGGCACCGCAGGGGAAGGGAGGACGCCGGCUCAGCCGCAGCAAGGCCACUGUCGUUCCUCAAGAGCCGGUGCGCAAGGCCCGUAACUUCUGCCUGACGUCUCACCAGCUGGGCUGCCUGACGCGGCUGGCCUCCACCCUGCUGGAGCUGGAGCGGAGGGUGGAGGAGCUGGCUGCAGACCAGGCCUUUCCUCAAGAGCCGGUGCGCAAGGCCCGUAACUUCUGCCUGACGUCUCACCAGCUGGGCUGCCUGACGCGGCUGGCCUCCACCCUGCUGGAGCUGGAGCGGAGGGUGGAGGAGCUGGCUGCAGACCAGGCCUUCCUCAUCUCCCCUGGAGAAGCCUCCUUCAGCUCCAGAGUUUUAAAGAAAUCUAAAGAGGAACCCGAGACGGCAGCCCCCGAAGAUGGGAGUAGCAGCGUCCACCACCACCACGCCUCGCCCGGCCCCAGCCUCAACUUCACUGAGGCGGUGGCGUCGUCCCUGGAGUUUGGGUGGCGGGGGGCCUUUGCCGACCUGGCACCUCAGAUGGCCCACUGCGUGCGGGUGCUGCUGGAGGACGUGUGUGCCAGGAGCCUGCAGAAGGAGGAGGCGUCACGUGCCAACUCGGCCGCCCUGCCGCUGGGCAACGUGCCACGGAGACGAGGCAUCGCCCUUACCUGUCUGGAGCCGGAGAGCCCCAAGAUGAUAGCCAAGUUCUGCGCUGAUGUCAUAGAGGAGCUGGACAACCUGUUGCCCCUGGCGAUGGUUGCCUGCGGCGACCCGCUGCUGCCGGUGCGCCACAGCUUCCUGGAGGUGUGCGGCAGCGUGGCCCAGGCCCUGCUGGCUCGUCUGCAGGAGAGGGCCAGGGAGGUGCCCCACCACGCCCCCUUCCAGAACCUCUCGGGCCUGCUGGCCACCAGCAUCUACCUGGGCCAGCUGCUGGAGCUCUACCGGACUGAGCUGAGCGACGAGGAGGCUGCUGCUGCUGCUGCUAUGCCUGUGGUCCAGCUCCCUACCCAGCAGUGUCUGGAGCUGAGCAGCGCUCUGCAGGAGCAGCUGACGGGCUACUGUGUGUCCACAUGCGCCUCCUGCCUCCUGCUAGAUGCCGAGAGUCACUACUGGGCCGACGUCAAGCCAUUCUAUGAGGACGAGCGCUGCUCCUUCUCCAUCCAGAUGUGGCACUACUUCCUGGCGGGCGUGCGUAGUGACCUGUGGAGGGCUCUGUCUCCUGAGGUGGCGCGGUGCGUUCUGGCCCAGGUGCUGUGUGAGAGCCUGCAGCCGCUGGUCCAGAGGUACUCCCACGCCCGGCCCUCCUACGGCAGGGUCCAGCAAGUCAGGUUGGACAUCUCUUCCAUCCUGCUGUGCGUGCAGCAGAUGCUGUGGAGCGUGUGUGAGGGGCCGGGGGAGCUGCUGGCGUCCGAGGCCAAGUCCUCCUCCACGCUGCCUGGCUCGUCCUCGGCGGCCGACUGGCUCAGCGGCGUCCACGGCCUCUGCACGCAGCUGCUCGACGUGCUGGUGGUGGUUACGGCUCCCCUACCACUGCUCUAUGGGAUCUUCCAGAGUGGCCCCAAGAGUCCGGCUGUGCACGCCGCCCAGACUGUGGAUGACCUCAAUAAUGGUGCUGGUGCUCCUACGAACGGCGAGACAGAGCCUGGAGACCUUGGCCUGAGCGAUGCUUACUGGCUCAGUGUCAUCAACCCUGUCGUGUUCCCAGAGCACUCUCUGAAGGAUGGUGUGGGCAGUGAGGUGUGUUGCCUGUGGCUGUUGAGGCUGGUGUGUGCGGGGCCUGGUGUCAGCUCCUCCCUACUGCUCACAACCCUGCUACACACAGACUGCCUGCUGCUACGCACACUCAUGAAGGAGUCAGGUUUGUGUGUAGUGGAGGUGGAGGAGGUGGAGGGCUCAGCCGAGAGGCUGGAGGCAGCUGAUCGUUUCCUGGAGGCCGUGGUGAGUCUGCUGGCCUCUCUGAGCAAGGCGCCCAGGGCCCUGACCCAGGUGCUGGAGCCCUACCUGGACAAGAGACAGCUAUGGGAGCAACUUCACAACAACACAGACUCAGAGAAGUCAGCAGACUCAGUCGUGCUGCGCUGCAUCAGACGCCUGGUGUCCCGGCCUGUUGAAGGCCUGCUGCGGCAGUUGGUGCACAUAGUGCAGGCCUCAGACGACUGGCCGGGCUCCCUGCUGCAGAGGGACGCCCCAGACUGUCUGCUCAGCAAGGUCCCCAAGGGGUGGAACUACAGCCCCCAUGAUGCAAAGGGAAAAGAUCCCAACAAAGCGACAGGUAAAACCAUAGCUAUCCAGGCCCUCUCGUUCGUCUUCACCAACCUGCCGGCGGCGGUGUCCUCCCUGCCUCUGCCUAUUCGCUUCCUGUUUGCCGAGGCAGAGGAGCGUCUCCCGCGCGACUCCUCCCGACAGCUGCGGCCCACGGCGGGCCUCCUGCCCUGGGCCCUGCUGGGCUGCCUGUGCCGGGGCCUGGAGGACGCGGAGGCGCUGGAGAGGCUGGCCGCCCAGCCGCUGGAGCGCGGGGCCAAGGAGCGCCUGGCCCUGCUGUCCGAGUGCCUGCAGGCCAGCGUGGGCCAGCCGAAAGGGGGAGCGCCCAAGGCAGCCGCACACACCGCGCUGAGGAGCCUGGAGGAGCGCCGGCCCAAGUGGAUCGCCGGCCAGCUGCACAAGGCCCGCAAGCUCUGCUGCAAGAGCAUGUUUGAGCGGCUGGAGAGUGAGGGCCUGCAGGAGAGAGGUGGUGGUGGUGGUGGUGGUGGAGGUGUCUCAGCGCCAUCAGCAGCGGCAGCAGUGACGGUGACAUCGGUGACAGCAGCAGAAGCCGGCGAGCUGCGGACGCAUCUGAUGGCGCUGGAGUCGAGCCACCAAGCAGGUGGCAGCCUGCACCUCCAGCACAUUCAUCACAUCAUCACACACAACCAGGAGCUGCUCUGGCAUAAACUCUCAGCUCCUUUCAUGCCCGACGAGGAGCUUCCACAGUCUUCCUUCUCUUCUGUGACCUUUGACCUAUCCGAAGAAACCACCCCGGGCACAGCUCCUCAGUUUAACCCCCUCACAGAGUUCAACCACUUUGGCUAUGAGAAGUUUGACCAGGCUGCCCUGUGCCAGAGGGAGUGGGCCUGGGCCGCGCUGCUGCCAGCCUUCCAGGCCAUGAGCGGGCCGACCUUCACCACGCUGCUGCAGAACAGGUGGGAGAUGCAACAAGAUGCAGAUCUGGAAGAUGAGGAGAAGGUUUUGGUUGAUCACCUGCGGAACACCUGGUUGACCCCCAGGCCUGACCCUUGACCCUGCCAGGCUUAGCCCUUGACCCCUACCUGGCCAAAUGUAGCUCGGAGGGCACCAAAUAACUCUGACUUGAACGUCUCACUGUAUAUAUUUACACAUUUUUACUGAUGUAUUUUUUCUUAUUUUCUUUACAAAACUACAACAAAUAGACCCUAUCCACAAAUAACAAUGCAAUGACAAAGAAACACUUCUCUGAUGCUGAUACGAAAGGCAUGCUCCGUUCAAAAUGUCAUUGCCCUUGAAUAAAUUGUCAGGCCAUGGCCAUUUAGAGGAAUUCAAACUUUUUGUAAUCAGUAUUGAUCACAAUCAGUUUUAGUUAAGAUAGUCUUGGAUUUCACCACAAACCACAUUAUUUGUCUGUAGAAGACGGCUAUUUGUCCGUGUAAGUGAUUAACAUGUAUUUAAUAAUUUAAAUCCACAUAUUGUAUUUCAUUUACUUUUUUAUUUUGCAAUGAAAAUAAGACACUUAUUAUAUUUUGCCACCAUAUUCAGAUUUUCAGAGCAAACUAUGCCAUGGAUUGUUUGCCCAUGGAUUAACAAAAGUGCAGCUGUUGUGAAUGUGUUUGGUGCUUUGUUUCUCUUCAGCGCAGCUCCCGUGGGCACCACUGAAAGUUGGUUACUCUUGUAGGUCUGGUGGAUGCCAAGAAAACAUCUCUGCCACAGCAGUUUACAAAAAUGUGUGUUUGUCUCAAUGUGUUUUGUAUUAUGAAAUACAGUUCCUCAAUGUUUCAAUAAAAAG